GCUUGGUAUGAUGAAAUUGCUAACUACGAUUACUCUAACCCAGGUUUCUCUGUUGCUACCGGUCAUUUCACUCAAUUGAUCUGGAAGGACACUACCCAAGUUGGUUGUGGUAUUAAGUACUGUGGUGACUACUAUGGUGAUUAUAUUAUCUGUUCUUACAACCCACCAGGUAACUACCAAGGUGAAUUCGCUUCCGAAGUCGAACCAUUGGCUUAA